AUGUGGAAUGCCAAGUUGGUAGCAGAAUUACUCAGUCAAGGAUUUAUACAAAGCAAGAAUGAUUAUAGUUUGUUUGUCAGAAAUAAAGAUGGAAAGAUCUGCAUAGCAGCUGUCUAUAUGGAUGAUGUUUUUAUCAAAGAUUUGGGAACAGUACAUUACUUUUUGGGAAUAGAGAUUGAUUAUACCAAUAAUGGCUUCAUUCUAAGUCAAAGAAAGUUUGCCAGAGAAUUGCUGAAAGCUGCAGACUGUGAUGUAUCAAAAUCUGUAGUUACUCCAUUGCCAGUACAUCUUAAACUCAGUAAAUCAGAUGGUGAUUUAAUUGACAACCCUGAGAAGUACAGGUCCCUAGUAGGGAAAUUGAAUUACCUAACAAAUACAAGGCCUGACUUGGCCUAUGUGGUACAGACCUUGAGUCAAUUCAUGAAUGAACCAAAGACUACUCAUUGGUCAUCUUUAGAACACACUCUAAAGUAUGUGAAUUCAACUUUACAUCAAGGAUUUUUGUUGAACUCUUCAGACAAUUUGAAGCUCCAAGCUUUCUCAGAUGCAGAUUGGGCUUCUUGUCCAGAUUCAAGAAGGAGUAUCACUGGAUAUAUACUUCUGUUUGGUAACUCUCCAGUUACUUGGAAGUCAAAGAAACAGCCUACAGUGUCUAAAUCUUCAUCUGAGGCUGAGUACAGAGCUAUGGCAGCUGCUGCAUCUGAGGUUACUUGGGCAGUUAGGUUACUUGAAGAUUUGGGUGUUACUGAAUUAAAACCAGUCACUCUACAUUGUGACAAUCAAAGUGCUUUGUAUAUAGCCAAGAAUCUUGUUUUUCAUGAAAGAACUAAGCACAUAGAGCUUGAUUGCCACUUCACUAGAGAUAAGGUCUUAGAAGCUUUACUUCAGCUGACUUAUCUUCCAACUAAAUCCCAGCUUGCUGAUGUGUUCACCAAGGUUUCACCUUCUGUCCAAUUCAAUUCUCUAUUAACCAAGUUAGGAGUUUGUUCCUCAGACACUCCUAACUUGAGGGGGGAUGUUGAGAAUCCAGCUCAUGGACAAAGGUGCAAGGCUGCAUCAAACUACAAGAAUGAUCCAGAAUGUUCAGAUGAUGUCAAGUUGCCACCCUGA